GCUAUUACAAAAGGGAGUUAAUAAUUCACGCCCUAAAUAUUUAAUACAAAAUUGGUUGUUUACAAAUGUCCAAGCUAUGGAACCCGAACCUAGAAUACAAUCGUGUACCAAACCAUGUUCAGUAUACUACAGUCUAUUAUACGAUCAUUUAGUAUCCUAGUCUUAGUUCUUGUGUUUCUUCUUUGUACACGAGCUGGCGAGCAUGUCAUCGCAGUGACCUUGCAAGGCUACGAUUUGGUUUGAAUCGUUUUGGACAUGUUUUGACGUGAACAAAGGACCAAAGUAUUUGGUGCCACCAUCAAGUAUAAGCCUCUCUCCAACUCCAAGCUAAUGGAAUCGUAAGGAUCUAGACGAUUCGAAUUGUUAGGGAGUUGGGACAGAUUCAUGCAUGAUACUUAACUACUUAUUUACACGUCUCCUCAAACGAAAGCUAAUUCAUGGGCUUGAAGUUUGCACAACCUCAGGCAUACCAUGUUACUAGCUUAGUGCCCGGCCGUUGGCCGGACUAUCGAUAAUUUCAAUAAAAUAUAUUUAUAAGUAAUAUAUUAAUUUUAUCUAAUCCUCUAAAAUGAUAUAAACUUUUCUCCUUGGUAAGCAAGAUAAGGAAUGCAGGUAAAGUUAAACUUGGAAGUCAUAUAUAAUGCCAAGUAUGUAAUAUUCUUUCAUGAUAAAAAUUAUUCUAUCGUAUAUUCAGUAAAAUCGAAUAUAUUACUAUAUCUCAUUAAAAAAAUAUAUAUAUAUAGACUUUAAGUAGAUCGGAGUAUGAGAUAUAGUACUAUACAUUAACAUACCAUUAAAUAUUACAAUCUAUGCCUAAAUUCUAUAAAUCUCAAACACUCAGUUCAAUUCAAUUAGAAACAAUAUAGACGGUCAUGAUUCGUCGAAAUACAUCCAACAAACUAUCUUGCUUCAUGUAGUAUAUGAUAGACAGUCAUGAUUUGUCCCAAUAAUAGACGGUCAUAAAAAAUUUACCGCGCUAAAAUAGUUUUAGUGAAGAUGUAUUGUCGACUUGUCCCAAAGUUCAUUUUGGUUGGACUCCCAGAACUUGCAAAUGCAAUGGUUGCACUGGGGUCCGGAUAGUAUAGGUGUUGUUAUACUAACAACAGGAUUCAUUAAGGGUAUAAGGGUAAAUAUACUCAUAUAUUUAAUAAAAUAAAAAUUAAAUUAAUAUUUCCCAUUUUGAUCGAAUAGGACGAGUGGGUGAUCUCCCGAGUGUUUCAGAAGUUCGGCGUGGGUGCUGGCGGGAACGGCUGCAUGGCGAGUAACAACACCGCCGCCACCUCCUCCGCCAAGAAGCCGCGCUCCACCGCGGCGAUGAGCAGCGGCAGCAGCGCUUACCAGGAGGUGAGCUCGCCGCCCUCCGCCGUCUCGCACCUCCCUGCUCUCCUCUACCCCACCACCGCCGACAGCUACUCCUACGACGGUGGCGGCGCCGGGCGCCACAACCAGCAGCAGCACGUGUCCUGUUAUUCUCCCCUCCUCUAUCCCCUCUCCAAACAACCAACUCUCUCUCUCUCUACCGGCCAUCGGGAAAUCUCAACCGCCGGCCAAAGCCUCCAUUCUAUUCCCUCGCUUUUGUGAUAAUAUCACCGAAAUGGCUAUUACAGGAAGAGAUAUAGAUCGAAUCAAAGGUCCAUGGAGCCCCGAGGAAGACGACAAGCUCCAGCGCCUCGUCGAGAAGCACGGCCCGCGGAACUGGUCGCUGAUCAGCAAGUCGUCCCGAGCUCAAUUAGAACAAUCAUCAUCACGAGCUGAAUUCUUCUUCUGUUCUCAAAUAGUAUCAUCCAUGAAACCCUUCUUCCACACCAUUAUUUUCCUGCUGCCCUACAGGAACGGACAGCUACAGAAGAUCCAGAUAGAUCAAUUAGCUUUUGCCUAUACUAGGUUUUUUUCUCCUUUCUUGGUGAACAGUCUUCCUCAUACUAUAAUUAGGUCAUGAAACAAGACCCUACAUUUACACAAGUAUAUAUAGUACUACUACUGAAUCACGCAUUCAUACAUCUACACAAAAAUAGUACAAGAAAGCAGACGUAUUCACAUCGGGUAAAUGAUGUAUCAAAAGCAUCCUAAUGUAGAACAUAAGUCUCGUGAAGCAAAACAUAAACACCACAAAGUGAGCCAUAAAUAUUUUUAAAUCACACAAAAAAACCUUAUUAUACAAACCAUAACUCUCCUAAAACAAACCAAAAACACCACAAAACACACUAGAAACUUCAUAAAACAAACUACAAACACAGUAAAACAAACCAUAAAAAACAUACCAAAAACCUCCCAACGCAUGCCACAAAUUCCCUAAAACAAACCAGAAACAUCACAAACCAAACCACAAAUAUUUUGAAAGCACACCAGAAAACUCAUAACGCAAACCAUAAACAUCGUAAAUCAAACCACAAAAACAAACCAGAAACGUCCUAAUGCAGACCAAAAAUAUAUUAAAACAAACCAGAAACCUCACGAAACAAACCACGGAAUUUUCAAAAACACACUAGAAACCUCAUAAUACAAACCACAAACACGUUAAAGCAAACCACAAAAACAAACCAGAAACCUCCUAAUGCAUACCACAAAUCUCCUAAAACAAACCAAAAACCCCACAAUGCAAAACACAAAUUUUUUGAAAGCAAACCAGAAACUUCUCAAUGCAAACUAUAAACACGAUAAAGCAAACUAGAAACUUCUCAAUGCAAACCACAAACACAAUAAAGCAAACCACAAAAGGCAUACAAAUAUGUGUGAAACCAAACCAUAAAUCUCACAAUGUAGACCAUACAUCCGGUGGUCGUUAACCGUUGACUGGUCAACGAAGACCGUUGACCGGUCAACGAAGACCAUUGACCGGUCAACGAAGUUCGUUGACCAAACUCCGAUGACCGUCAGUGACCGGAUUCCGGCGCCGAUAAGCAUAUUCCGGCCCCGCUGACCAGAUUCCGAUGCCGGUAAGUAUAUUCCGACGCCGGUAAGCAUAUUCCGGCGACGGUGAGCAUAUUCCGAUGACAAAAUAGCAUAUUCCAGCGACAAAAAAGCAUAUUCCGGUGACCGGCGACCAGAUUCCGGCGACCAAAUUUUUGGGCAGAAAAUAAAAAAAUAUUUUUAAAUUUUUUUAUUUGUUUUAUUUUUUAUUUAAAUAGAUUUUUCAUAAUGACAAUUAUACCCCUGUUUUGAUUUUACACUAGGUCAACUCAUCUAAUAAAAAGUCAUCACAAUCCUAGCUUCCUAUUGGUUGGGGACUAGUGUUGUUACAAUAACAACAUAAAAAGUGUUGUUACACUAUCUAGUCCCAAAUUUUCAAUAAGCAAAUAGUAAACUCUAUUAAAUUCAUAAUGCCAAUAAAUUCAAUUCAAAUAUAUGAAUAUUAAAAUCUAAACUUUAUCAAAAUUCUCAUUUUUCAAAUACACAAAGCAAACUUCCCUAAAAGAUAAACAACAAUAAAAUAUUUUUAAAAGA